AUCUGUUUGAUGACGUCAAAGAAACCGAACGAUGUAAAGGUUGACGAAGAUCUAAUAGUUUUUCUUAUUUCCUAAACCAUAUUGUUGAUCAAAUAUCACUUUUGAAUGAUGGAAUUAGGAGAAGUUGUCAAUCCACAUUAUGCAUUUCCAGUUGUCGGAGUUAUAUUGUGUGUCUUAUUAGUUUUCGCGUUUGGAUUCAAAUCUCCCGUUCAGCCACCGAGUUUUGAUAGUUUGGAGGCAGAAAAGAAACCAAUUCCGAAGAAAAGAACGAAGACAUCGAAAUCUAAGGACUCCAAUAAGGUUAAAUCACAGCAAAAUGGACGUGUAGGAGGUUCUCCUUCAAGCAAGCAAAUAGAGUCUAAAGAUGUUCAGCAAAAUAUAAGUAACAUUAAAAGUGCUGAAAAGCAAACUCCAAAAUCUGAAUCAAAGAAUAAGAAAACUCGUGUGUCAUCUAAUACACACAGACAAAAAUUGGAUAGUGAAAUAAAUAAAAUAUUUCCUGAAGACAAUGCUGAAGAUGGAUGGGUACAACAAUUAUCAAAAAAGGAAAGAAAGCAUCGUCGAAAGGAAGAAGUAGCUAAUGCCUGUGUUAGCAAUGAAAUUGACAAAAGUUCAGAAAAUGAAACUUGGGAUGAACAACAGCCUGUUGCAGAAUUAUCGUCCUGCAGUCAAGAAAGUACCCCUUCUAAAGAUUUACUUAAGCAAUCUUCUAAAAAGACUCAAAGUUUACCACAAGGAAUAGAGGGACAAAAGUCUUCAAAAAAGAAAUCUAAAAAAGAUAUCAAUGCAAAUCAGAAUGAAAUUAACAUUUCAGAAUAUCAUGAACCUCCAGCAGAAAAUAAAAAAUCAGAAAUCAAAUUGGAUUUAGAACAGUAUGAUAAACCAAAUUCUUCCAUUCAGAUUAAUCCUGAAAUUGAAGAUGAAAGUUUAAUAACUGAUGAUAAACCUUCAAAAAAGAAGAAAGGAAAGAAAAAGAACCAGGAUGUAAAUGUAUUGGUCACAAAACCAACACAAAGUGAAGAAAUACAGGAAAUCAAGGAUUCAUCAAAAACACAGAAUGAUAAUUUAUCUGAUACCUUGUUGAUUGACAGUGCAGAAGUUGAAAAUAGUACAAUUGAUGAUGCAUCAAAAUAUAAUAAUGAAAAUGGAACAACUGAAUCUGGCUCAAAUGUUAUUUUUGAUGAACUUGGUGAUAUAUGGCAAAAUGCUAAAUCACAGAAAAAGAAGAAAAAAGCUCGCCGAGAGCAGUAAUAUUUUAUAGAAAGAUAUGAAAAAAAAAAAAAGACACAGCCAGCAGUGGCUAGAAUCAACCUCAAGUCUUUCACAUCAUCCUCCCUAUCCAAGUUGUAGUCCUCACCAUUCCUUGGCUAUUUCCUAUGACUUGGUGGGUUUGUGUACAUAUCCUUGCCAAACUGUGCUGUCAUAACAGGGAGGAUGGGGAAAGCUGCCAAUUUCAAGAGAGACAAAUGUCCUUUUAAAAAAUAUAUAAAGAUAAAAAAAAUAACAAAGUUAACUAUUUUCUGAAAAGAUUUUUUGUCAUUUCUUCUUGUAAUCUGGUAUCUGGUAUUACUAGACUACUGUGUAUGAUAAACAUUUUAUGCUUACGGGAGAACUUUAUAUUGUUUGAGGGUGCCAUUCAGAUUUAUUUGUGUACAAUAAAACUAGAUAUUCAAAUACCAGAUGACCAAAAUUGACAACUGAUUCAUGUGCAAUAAGUAUUUUACUUUAAAUCAAAUUCUUUGUGAUGUUAACCAAACUUUGUUUGAUCUACGUAAAUGUUUAUCAGAAUUUCUUCUCAUUCAUCAAAUAAUUGAUCUCUAAAAUAUAGAAAAAAAAUUAAUUGAUCUCUGAAAUUUUCUAUAUAAUUUUUCAAAGUUAAAAAAAACUCUUCAGAUAUUUAUCUGAGUAUAUUUAUUCAUUUAUUUACAUGCAUGGAUUUUAUGGAAAAUGCCCAAAGUUUUUCCAUUUAUUCACUGUGAAAGGAAAGUCUCUAUAUUAAGCUAAAAGUGAUUAUUAGAAAGAUAGAUUGGGAAAGUAAUAACAAAAUUACUUUUUCAAAAAAUUUUUAUUAGAAAAUCCAAAAAUAUGUUAUUUUUUUAUAGAAAAAAAAUUAUGAAAAAUAUUCAAUUGUAAAUUGACAAGUUGUCAAUAUUGGCCAUUCCAUGUAAUCCAUCCUUAAUAUAAGUAGUUUUUAAUGUAAAUUUCCUAUUAUCUGUGUCCAAAAGUAAUAACAGAAUGUUUAAAAGCAGUUUGCCAAAUAAGAAGCUCUUAAAAUUUGCAUUUUUAUAUAAUACUAAUUCUUUGUUAUUCUGCAGAUUUGUUAACGACAAAGUUUUUUGUGUAAAAUGUGAACAAAUAAAAUUGUUGUCGAAAGAUUUAUUUUUUGAACUGAAAAAUUAUCAUUCAACUUCCAUGAGAAGAAAAAGAAAAUAUUUUUUUGUAAAAAUUUAUAUUUUCUAACUUGUUAAACCAAGAAAAAAAAUGGCCUUUGGUAAUGUUAUCAAGUCUCAAUUUAUAUGAUUUAAUUUACAAUUGGCAAACUGCUAUUAUUAUCAGAAAGAAUAAUAUAUUUUCAUGAAUUGAUGCACUAUCACAUAAUUAUGCUAAAUAUCAUGGGAAUUUUUAAUUUUAAUGCUGUGAUUUUUGUGAUCUUUACCAAUGUUGGAAUCAUAUGAAUGAUAUUUGCACUACAACAAAAUACAGUAUGUAUGUAUAUAAUAGAUUUACAGUUUAUAACUGUUUCAUAGAAAGGAGGUGCAAAUAUAUUUAUGGAAUGCCUGUUAAGUUUAUCUCUCCCUCUUAAAUUGAAUAUAACAUUGUUUAACAGGUAUAUUGUAAAGAAAAAAAUGAUUUCCUUCUCAAACUUUAAAAUUCCCAUUUUUAUGUCAUGGAACUGUGAUGUCAUUGGUGACAUGUUAAUUGCUGCAUAAAUAACUGCAGUAUAUAUCAAAUUUGUUUGAAUCAAAUCUAUUGUUAGUUUUUUAUUCCUAGUUACAUCCAUACGUAGAUGUAUUGUUUAAAAUAUUUUUCCAUUUUUGAUCAUUAUUAAAUUUUAAACACAGUUUUAAUAUAUAGGGAUGUUGGGUGGUGAAGACUUUUGUUUAGUCAUUGUUUUCAUAAAAAUUUUGUAAAAAGAUAUAACAAUGCAUUUCUAAUAAACAUAUUUUUCUUUCA